UCCGCCGAUCUUUCGCCUCCCCUACCGUUCGCAUUUCUAUAUUACAUCAUCAGGCGCAGUUCUCUUGUUGGUCUAGGGUUCCCGGCUUCCCUUGCCCCGCCAUAAGUUACAACUUAUCAGAUCACCGAUGAGGGAGAAUAACGUCUGUUGACAUGAAUUUUGAGCGGAAGGAGCUGUCUCAAUACCUUGUGAACAACCUCAGACCCUUGACUGCCGCAGACCCUAAAAUUCUUGCUGAUUAUGUCUUGGCAUUGUUGAAAAAUGACGUACCCGCAGGAGAGUUGCAAAAGCUGUGCGCUGAUCGCCUGGAGGUUUUUCUUGGCCACAGUUCUAUGUCUUUUACCACAAAGUUGUUUGAAGCCCUAGAAGAGGGAUCUUUCCAAAGCACUGAUGUAAACUUGGAUGUCAUGAAAAUUUCUGAGCCAUCUAUGUCUAAUGCUGCAGUGGAGUCUCUGGAUUUAAAAAGCUUGUUAUCAAAGGAAGACAACCUGUCUUCUUCUUCUGAACCUGUCAGUGAUCCCGAAGACAAAGAAAACAGUGAUGAUGAUGCUGACCGCAACCAUAAACAUCGUAAGCGGGAUGCUCGUGAGAAUUCUUUUGAUAAUGCUGUUCAGGAACAACCUAUUAGGAGGCUCGGCAGAAAGAGAGGCCGGAACCAGGAAAGUGGGCAAUUCUAUUUGGAAACAGGGGUUCAACCACAUGAAAUUCAUAAGGAAUAUGGUUCCUCUACAGAUAGGGAUGUUCUUAAUAGAUUAGAUAAACGAAAUUUUGGCAUUUCACCCUCUGCACGUUUUUCAUCAGAUUUAAACUCAAGAUCAAGAUUAAACACACCCUUUCGAACUGAUCCUGGACUUCGUCUUGAUUUGUCUACUUCUGUAGGCCGAGCCUCUCUUGGACGUGGAAGAGGAAGAAAUUUGGCUGCAUGGAGUCAACCUGAUUCAAGAUUUAACUCACUGGACCCGCUUGAUUUUACUUCACACAUGGCUUCUCAGAGACCGGUUCAUCCUGGUCUUUUUGUUGGCCCGGGCCUACAGGGUGCCGUAAGUUCACAGAAUGCAUCCUGGGGUGCAUUUGGAUUCAUUCAUGGGAUUUCUAAUGGUAUCAUGGACCCACUUCAUCCAUUAGGUUUGCAGACAACUCUUCGGCCUACUAUUAAUCCUAUGAACCUUGGCAUUCCCAGACAACGAUGUAGAGAUUUUGAGGAACGGGGAUUUUGCCUGAGAGGUGACAUGUGCCCGAUGGAGCAUGGUGUAAAUCGGAUUGUUGUUGAAGAUGUUCAGAGCCUAUCUCAAUUCAAUCUUCCAGUUUCUAUAACUAAUUCACAUGUAGUCGGAGCACAAGUUGGUACAGGUCCCUUACAUCCUGUUCCUGCAUCUCAAGCUCUCAUGGUAAACAAAAACAUGCCUUCUAAAAAUAGCAAGUCUACUACAAAUGAGGAUACACUAAAUCUGCAUGGUCCUAACUCUGUUGUGGGAGGUGAAGCAGAUGUAUAUGAUCCUGACCAGCCUUUAUGGAAUAAUAAUACUGAUGCAUCAGCUGCUCUUCUAAGGUUACCUUCCCUAAACACUGAAGAUGAGACUUUAUGGGAGGGUGAUGCUUCUCAUAAGAUUUCACGGUUAUCUGAUGACAAUGAAUGUGAUCUACAUAGCAGAAAUUUAACAGCUAAUAUUGGACCUCAGGGUGCGGGUUUCUCAGUUUGGGGCCGAAUUGGAUCCGGGAGUAAGUCAGAGAUUGGGAUUAAAUUUGAGAAUAACAAUUCAGCUCCAGGACAUAUUGCAAAAGACUCAAGGGAAGGUAAAGAUUCUACCGUUUGUAGUAGUGUUCCUUCAGACCAAAGCAAACUUGUUAGUUCCGGGGAGUUUGGGCCAAAAAUGGUGAUCACUCAACCUGUCUCAGCUCCACGAAGUGAUUUUGAGCGCAAGGGAGGAAGAAUGCAACAGAAAGCCUGCCGAACUCUAUUUGUAUGUGGGAUUCCUCAGAAGAAUAAUAGGCGGGAAGCACUUCUUUCACAUUUUCAAAAGUUUGGCGAGGUCAUUGAUAUAUACAUACCCUUAAACAGUGAAAAAGCUUUUGUGCAGUUCUCCAAAAGAGAAGUAGCAGAAUCAGCUCUAAAAUCUCCAGAUGCUGUGAUGGGUAACCGUUUCAUCAAGCUAUUCUGGGCCAAUCGAGAUAGAAUUUCCGAAGAGGGACAAGGUAGCGGUAAAGGAAAACCUCUGCAAUAUUCUAAGGAGCCAGCCAAUUCUGCUCGAAUGCAGCCUCCAGCUGUUGAACUAAGAAAAGAGACUCCUUCGUUGGCAACUCAUAAGGAAAGCAAUGCAAAGACUGUGGAAGCAUCAGUUUCUUUUGUUGGACCCCAGAAAGGGGUUAUAUUGAAUGGACCAAAAGCAUUGACUUCACCGAAGAAGAAAGUGGAUAAUUUAGAACUUUUGGAGGAACUUCGUAAAAAACAGGUGCUUUUGGCUCAAAAACGAGAUGAAUUCCGCCGGCAGUUGGUUAAAUUUGAAAGACAAACUUCUAUCAAAAAGACUGAUGGAUCAUUGGAGCAGACAGUUAAAAAGCAAAAGACAGGCCUAGGAAAUGGUUCAGCAAAAGCUGUUGAUUCUGUUUCAACGGCUAUUAGCAUUUCAAGUGAAUGCCAGGAUGCUGGAAAAUCUGUAGAACGGAGCAGUUUGGCAGAGGUCCAGGUUUCACCAAGUACGAAAGCAUGUUCAAUUGUAAAACAAACUUCUCGAAUGCCAGUGUCACACCCUAACAGAUUUAAGCUCGAUAACCGUCCUACUUCAUUCAGAGUUUUGCCUCCUUUACCAGCCAAACUUGGGAAUAUUCCAGUUUUGAAGGAUCAUUUUUCAAAAUUUGGCGAUCUUGCUUCUGUUGUUUUUGAAGCCCCAGAGGAAAAUGAAAAUUCAGUCUUAAAAGAGCCAGAAAAAAAAUAUGUUUGCGUUACAUUUCAUACCCGCCAUUCUGCUGAAAGGGCUUAUCAAGCUGGUAAAUAUUGUGAAGGCUGCACUUUGAAGUUUGCCUGGGUGACUGCCUCUUCUGUUGCUGGUAAAGAUCGU